GUAUAACUGUUCUCUCAUAUUUUAUCAUGUGUCGUUUAGCUUGCGAACUAAACCCAAAGUCUCAGAAGCUGAUAUUAAAUUCCACCAUAGAAAUCAUAUGUGUCUAUCCAAGUGAUAUACCUUUAAACAAUUCGGUAGUGAGCUUAGAAUUCAUGCCAAUAAUUGACUUAAAUCAAACAAAAGAUGUAACUGUAAUAAAAAUUACACUUGAACCAAAUGUCUUCCGCGUAGGACGUUGGAAGAUUGAAGUUUACAAGUCCUCAGCUGCAGUUAAAUUUCACGGAGACCCAAUUAAAUGUGAGGGGAACGGUUAUUAUUUUUUCACUCUGUAUAGUCCUGCUGCGACAGAAAAAUUGAGCAGUCAAGUGAACAUCAAAUAUGAAAGUGAAGUGUCAUCUAAGCGAAUGGUUAUCAUAAAAUCCAAAAAAGAACGAUUUCUACGAGAUCACGUGUUCAACUUCCGGCUACCCACCGGCGACAAUAAUCCUACAGAGGACUAUACAGAAUACCUACCCUCUUAGCAGUGUAAACGCUUCAUGUGUCAUGGGAUGUAACGAAAAGGAUGGUUGGUCUUCUCGCUGUACCGGAAGUAUUCCAAUGGACUCUGUGACGUCUCUGGAUGAAAUUACAUGUCGAUCCAUCCACUGAAGAUGAAGAGUUGCACAAUUUGAAUAAAAAUGAAUCGUAUAUCAUAACUCAUAGCUAAGAAAUACAAAACGAUACAUGAGUAAAUUAAGAUAAGAUGAUAAUUUUUUUUUAUUUUCUUGUUGGUGUUGGGGAUUUCAUUAUACCGAUCCUUACAAAAAUAUGUAAAUUCACAUU